AGGGAGGUAGGAGGGAAUGGGCGCGUUCAGUGCCUUGGGAGCGCACGAGAAGUUCUGAGGUUUGAUUCAAAGUUGUACUUUGCUGGAGGGUACGUGGAUAAUCAACUUUGGAAAUUCAGAGGGGAUAAACUUAUGGAAUAAAAAAAGGAAAUCGGAUAUCGGAGUGUGGAUCUGAAGACGUUCAUCAGAACUCGAAGACUGGACGUCCCAGCCGUCAUUCCUCAAGUUUGUGUUAUGGUGUUGAGGCGCUCUCAAUGUGACGGGGAAUGCACACCUUUGAUCUGGAGCGACCGUCCGGGCAAUGAACGUUUUGUCGUAGACAUUUCUGUGGAGAAUAUUGUACGUCCCUGAAACUACUGUGCAAGUGACUAUGGGGUUUCGAUUAAUAAUCACGCUCUUCUUUGCAUGCGUGCUUCUCUGUGGGGCAAACUCCCAAACAGCACCUGAUUCAGUGCUGAACUGCUGCGAGGGCGAUGUGCUGGUGCUGCUGGAUGCGUCGGGGAGCAUCGCCUCCUACGAGUUCUCCCACAUGGUGAGCUUCGUGGCCGAGCUGCUGCAGCCCUUCUCCCUGGGCGAGGACGAGGUGCGCUUCUCCCUGCUGCUGGUGGGCACCGAGCCCAAGCUGGAGUUCGGCUUCCAGACGCACCGCACCCAGCAGGACCUGCAGGCCGCCAUCCGACAGGUCAAGCAGCUGCGGGGUGACACCAACACCCCCAAGGCCCUGGACAUGGCCCGGGACCAGGUGCUGCCGUCGGGCAUCCCUGGAGGCACCAGGCCCAACCUGCCGCGGGUGCUGCUCUGGCUUACAGACGGUGUGGACCCGGGGCAGGUGAGCGAGCCCAUGAAGGAGCUCCGCGACGAGGGCGUGAGCGUGCUGGUGGUCUCCACGGGCCACGGGAACUACCAGGUGCUGCGGCAGGUGGUGUCGCCCCCUGUGGAGGACCACCUGUACUUUGUGGACAUCGACGACAUCAGCAUUAUCCAGGAGGACGUCAGGAACGCCAUCAUUGAGAUCAUUCGUGCAGAGCGGCUGAAGGUUCGAGACGUGUCCUCCCGCAGCGCUACCCUCCACUGGCGCCCCGUGCUGGCCGGCUCCGGUUACUACGACAUCCGGUUCGGACCGGUUCCCUCCGGAUCCGAGACUAACCCUGGCGGAGGGCCCGGCACCAGCCCAGGGACCAGCCCCGGACACUACCAGCGCCUCACCCGACCCGGUGACGCAGAAACGGCCCAGCUCACAGGCCUGAGGCCGGACACAAAGUACAAGGUCACCCUGAAACCCGAGUCCAACCUGAACCUCCUGAAGACCCUCACCGCCUACUUCACCACACCGCCAGAAACGCUGAGCCCAUCUGUGGUGACCGUCUCGGAGUCCACGACCAAUAGCGUGCGUGUGAGCUGGGGCCCCGUGCAGCCCGACUCGGUGCAGAGCGUCCAGGUGGAGUACUCUGCCCUGCCUGCCGGCAAGCUGCAGAUAGCCAAAGUCAACAAGCAGCAGAACUACACCGUGCUGAAGAACCUGCAGCCGGACACCACCUACCUGGUGACCGUGAGCGCCAAGCACGCCUCCGGCAGCGAGAAGGCCAUGUCCGUCAAGGCCUGCACCCAGGAAGUGCUGCCAGCGCUGGCGGAUCUGCAGCUGACCACAGUGGGUAGUGACUCAGUGCAGGUCCAGUGGAAGGGGGCGGAGGAGGGCCUUCGCGGCUACUGGGUGACGUGGGAGGGCGACCACAACCGUGCCACUCAGCCCAGCGAACGCUCCACCCGCUACCUCCCGCCCGGCUCCCUCUCCACCACCCUCACCAACAUGCCUGCCGACGGCGCCCGCGUCUGCGUCUCGCCCGUCUACCGCACUGCCCGGGGCGAGGGCCUGUGCUGCACGGCCCGAUUCAAAGAUGCAUUGACCUGGGGCUACAACUCAUAGGCGCCCGUGUGCCCCCAUUAUUGAAGCCAGCCAAUCAGCAUCUUGUAAUGGAUGGGAGGACGAAGGGCUGGAGGAGGGAGAGAGAACGAGGGAGCGAGACCUCUGAAAUCACUGGAGCACUUAUCGGCCACCAGCAGACAAGACAGGAGAGGAGGGCCGCUCGCCUCGUUCUGUCUUUUACGCUCACCCCACACAGCACUACACUACCCUACCCUACAUGCCUACACGCAUGCCUGCACACACACAUACACACACACCCAUAAGUACACACACAUGCACACACACACGCACGCACACACACACAAGUACACCCACACAUGCAAGCACCCAUAAAUACAAAAACACAUACACACACCCACACAAAAUACACGUGCACGGACCCUUGAGCACACAGGCGCACACACACACCCAUAAAGACAUGCACGUUUACAAUCUGCUCUCCCUGUAUCCCUUGACUGAAAACAGACCCGCAAACCUCAGAGCUACCACUGGCAUUUACUCUGCGUCACUUCAAACAGUCCCUAAUCACACUACUGAGAGGUUCUGUCUGGGGUUGCUAUAGUUGCGCGUAUAUUUCUUUUUACAGAGCGGAAGGGGAAUGUAUAUGUAAAGAAAGUAAAAUGAAGUCUUAUGGAACACAUUGGUCAGAGCCUUGGGGAGGAAGGGGUUACUCAGUAACAGUUGCAAACACUAUGCCCAUUCAAAAGAAUUUCUAUGCAUUUUAUUUUUUGUUUAAAAAGGGAACAAGAUAAACUGUAAUGUUUAUAAGCUCAUAUUAACUUGGGAGAGAUGCCAUUUCUGUUAUGAAGGGAUAGAAAGAAACCAAGGACAGCAUAUCUCCUUUUUUUAACCAUGACUGUGGUAUGGCUUGCCUGCUAGCCAAACCCUCAGCACUUAGAGAAAUAUCAGGGACGGCCAGUCGGUCGGCUGAACCUCUUUUGAGAAACAGCUUGCAGAUGUUCCUUGCUUAAAGACGUUGCAGAUGUUGUUGUGGAGGGGCAGAAGCAAUCUCUUCUGUUCCAGUGCCAUGCAAGCAAGCAAGUCAGAAGCUGAGGGGAUAAUGGUGCAGUUUGUCAUUCAGUCAGUUCUGUGUAUAAAAACAAAAGCCACUGAAUUUUCUCCUCCUUGUGAUUAUAUAAGUAUGGGAUUGGAAGUUGUUUUAAGGCAGAACUGCAGGAAAUGCUUUCUCCAUGUGUUUACAAAGCUCUACUGCCUCCCUGUGGAUUCUGCUCUGAUGUACUUGUUCUCUGCCUUUUACGAGUCUAACCCCUAUUAACACAAGCAUAGCCAUAGACAUACUACUGCUAAAUUAACCAGCCAUAAAUAUGAGAACUAUAGGAUUCGUUAAUGACUGCUUCAUAAUGUCUAAUACAUUGUUUUAAACAAAUGCACAUCUUUUAAAAUCCAAAGUAAUGGUGAGAAGUUUGCCUAUUCGGAUUUAUUGUAGUAAUUUAUAAAUGGUAUAUUUCAAGAAGGGACAAGAGGUGCCUACUAGUGAGUCACCCUUGAGGAUGCAUUGCCAACUGCAAGACUGGCAGGGCUGUAGGAAUUAUUUCUUUGGCACACCAUGUCUGGCAAACUGUGUUUUACUUCAUUGUCCUUUUUGUCCAAAGGAGGCAGGCACUCUCGUUGGAGCCACUCCACUUCAAUUUUCCUACUAUGCAUUUUCAAGUCACACUUGACUGAUUAUUGGCCGUGUAGUGUGUUUGUAGAGUGCUUAUAUUAAAAAGAAAUACAAAUGUCCGACAAGGGCCAGUGUGCAAUUUACUGUGAAUGACAGUGAUUAAAAGACUAGUAGUCGUGUUUUUGUU